AUCUCGCGUUAUUGAAUUAAAUUGGCGUUUCGUCGAGUAAUGUAAUUACCGCGAGUCGGUAAGAUUAAAUACCAUGAAAUACUACCUUGGGGGUUGCGAUUGCGACAGAUCCGCGGCAACUGGUGCUAUUUCAGAAGUUGAUAUCGUCACUUGCCUGGCUUCAUUGACUAACCUUGGUGAAGCCUAUCAUUCUUUUCUCUUUGCCAGACAAAUACUUAUUAUCCCACCAAUCUCUCGUGCCUCGCAAGAGAGGCAAGCAGUUCCUCGGAAUAUCGAGCUGUGAAGUCAUAAUUUACGUCCGAACCUUUUCCUCCGAACCCGGCGGUCCUCACGAGACAACGAGCUCCGCAGCAGCUCCGCAAUGUUCAUUGAAUAAAGGCAGAGUUAUCGCGUUCUCCCGGUCGCUGCGAAAUCCAUACCACCACAAUGCUGCCCAGGGCAGCCCGACCGCCCUGCCUCCGUGUCUCCAGGCACUUCGUACAUCGCGGUCCCGCAGUCCCGCGCUCGACGCCCCGAAUAGCUGCAUGGCAUGGCAUUCCGCUGAGAGUAUUCUCGACGGGAAAAGGCUCGCUGAGCAAAAAUGUCGCUUCAGAGCCUACCUCACCACCAAAGACGCCGAGCGCCAGUUCCCCGCUUACCCCUCAAUCGCCAGACCAGAAAGCGAAGAAUGCCGCGGGCACGCCGAAGAGAGGUCUUCUUAGCGAAGCGACGGUGGGAAAGAAGGAGCAAAGGAAGGCAGAUUGGGCAAUUAUGAAGGAAAUGGCCAAGUAUCUCUGGCCUAAGGAUGACUGGGGUACGAAGCUUCGCGUCGGAACUGCCCUGUCAUUAUUAAUUGGAGCAAAGGUUCUGAAUGUGGAAGUGCCAUUCUACUUUAAGAGCAUUGUCGACUCGAUGAACGUGGACUUUGCCGCCGUUGGCGGCACAGCCUAUACAGUUGCGGGCUCUAUGAUCAUAGCUUAUGGUGCUACUAGGAUUGGUGCUACCCUUUUUCAAGAACUACGAAACGCCGUUUUCGCUAGUGUUGCCCAGAAGGCGAUCCGCAGAGUUGCGCGAAAUGUAUUUGAGCAUUUGUUACGACUGGAUCUCAAUUUUCACCUUAGCAGGCAGACCGGUGGUCUGACCCGGGCAAUUGAUCGCGGAACGAAAGGCAUCAGCUUCCUGUUGACCUCAAUGGUCUUCCACGUGGUUCCCACUGCCCUGGAGAUAUCUCUUGUGUGUGGAAUAUUGACAUACCAAUAUGGCGCACAAUUUGCUGCGAUCACGGCUACGACCAUGGUAGCGUACACUGCGUUCACAAUAACAACUACUGCAUGGAGAACCAAGUUCCGGAAACAGGCCAAUGCGGCGGAUAACCGCGGUGCUACCGUAGCCGUGGAUUCCUUAAUCAACUACGAGGCGGUUAAGUACUUUAACAAUGAGAAAUAUGAGGUUGCACGAUAUGAUAAGGCGCUCAAAGCAUAUGAAGAUGCCUCUAUCAAGGUAACGACAUCGUUGGCUUUCCUAAACUCUGGUCAGAAUAUGAUUUUCUCAAGUGCGCUUGCCGCUAUGAUGUACCUCGCAGCAAAUGGAGUCGCCACUGGAUCAAUGACAGUUGGAGAUCUGGUUAUGGUCAAUCAGCUCGUCUUCCAGCUCUCAGUGCCUCUGAACUUCCUCGGCUCUGUGUACCGUGAGUUGCGCCAGUCUUUACUGGACAUGGAGACAUUGUUCAACCUGCAGAAGCUCAAUGUAAACAUCAAGGAAAGACCGGAUGCGAAACCUCUGGAGCUUCGCCGCGGAGGCGAAAUCAAAUUCGAGAACGUGACUUUUGGCUAUCACCCGGACCGCCCUAUUCUCAAGAAUGCAAACUUUACGAUUCCUGCUGGCCAGAAGUUUGCUAUCGUGGGACCCAGUGGCUGCGGCAAAUCAACCAUCCUGAGACUACUCUUCCGGUACUAUGAUGUUCAAGAGGGUCGGAUACUAGUAGAUGGACAGGACGUGCGGGAUGUAACUCUCGAAAGCUUACGAAAGGCGAUUGGUGUUGUGCCUCAAGAUACACCUCUAUUCAAUGACACCAUCGCACAUAACAUUCGCUACGGAAGAAUGGAUGCUAGUGAUGGGGAGGUCCGCAAGGCUGCGCAACGGGCGCAUAUCCACGAGCUGAUCGAGAAGUUGCCCGAAGGAUAUAAGACCGCUGUUGGUGAACGGGGAAUGAUGAUUUCCGGGGGUGAAAAGCAACGGUUGGCGAUCUCACGACUGAUAUUGAAAGACCCGGAACUCUUGUUCUUUGACGAAGCUACCUCGGCCCUCGACACAUACACAGAGCAGGCAUUGCUACAAAACAUUAACAGCAUCCUCAAGGACAAGGCGCGCACAAGCGUCUUCGUGGCUCAUCGACUGCGAACGAUCUAUGACAGCGACCAAAUCCUUGUGCUGAAGGAGGGUCGUGUAGCAGAGAUGGGGUCGCACCGUGAACUUCUUGAGCUCGGUGGCAUUUAUGCUGAACUUUGGAACGCCCAAGAAACGUCCCUCGCGCAAGGCGUAGAGGGUGAACGCAGUGCGGAAAGCGAGGAAGAUGCUGAACAGGAUACGGUGCCAGAAUCUAGACAGAAGUGAACUACUUUGAGACCUUGGCUCGUAAAAUGGACAAUUGCUGGUUCAUUUUGGCAUAAAUUUAGCUGAACUUCGA